AUGCCCGCAAGACGCAGACCCCGAGGACGACGAACCGGCCACGCAGAUCUUGACGAGGAUGAUGAUGUCGUGCGGGCGGCGCCGAGCGAUUCGGAGGACGACUCGACGCACGGCUCCUCGACCGAUUCUGACUCGGAUGAUGAUGACGGCUCCGCAUCCCACCACCACAGCCCCAACACCUCCCACAGCCCCGGCGCAGACGAAAAACCCACAGCGCCGUUCUUCUCUGGGACCUCAACCGCAUGGGCGGACAUGGUCGAGGAUACCGAGGGGCUGCCGGUCAUAUCUUUUGGGGAGCUCGAUGAGUCGGCCAUCCGCAAGGUCCAGGACGAUCGUGGGAAAGACGCCGACAAACAGGAGCCUGAGCAGGGGGCUGAGGAGGACCGUGACGACGAGGAUGGUGAGCAGCCUGUUGCGUCCUCGUCGCGGCCGUCCCCCGGCUCCCGAGGUCCUUUCGUAAGCAGAGCCGCCGGCCAGACUGCCCGACAGGCAUACCAGUCCCGCCUCGAGAGCGAUCCGUCGUUCGUCCCAGUCGUGGGUGAAUUCUGGGGCCACGACGAUCGUCUCCUCGAUAAAGAUCUCCGCAGUCUGAGCGGAUGGUGGCGAGGGCGUUGGCAGACCCGCGGGCGCGCAAGGGGGGGAUUCGCCUUCCGGGGCAGGGGCGGGCCCUUCAAUCGCCCCGCACUCAGCGCUCCCGAGUCCGAGCCCCAGCCGAACUCGCCUGUGGACCGUGCUUGGACGCAUGAUGGCUUCGAGGAGAUGCGACGUCGGGAGGAGACUUUUCGGCCCCGAGGCGGGGCAGCUCCCCGGGGAAACGUGCCGGUCGCUCGGGGGGCUGCUGCACUCCGCGGCCGUGGUGUGCCGUUGAACCGCACUGUGCCCGGCCGCAUCUGGUACACGAUGAAACCGGAGUACAUGUGGACCAAGCAGCAUGACGCUUUUCUCUAUUCUGAGCCUCUCUCAAGCCACGGCCUGGGCAGUCCGCCGGAAUUCGUGUCCAUCUUCCGGGAAGUCUUCAACGUCCGGGAUAACGUGCCUGGUGUCUCUGCGCCUGUCGUUGCCAUCGAAGCCGGUGCCGACAACUGGUCUGGAACCAGACGAGGAUGGGUGGGUGCGGCCGGAUGCUGCUGCUGCUGCGAUCGCAUUGGCAGUUAUGUCGUCGCCACCUUCACUUCCGCCGCAGCUCUACCCGCUCCGAUCCCCAACGCAUCAGCGCUGGUUGCUCCGCCAGGAUUCUAG